AUGGUGCACUGGACAGCCGAAGAGCAGCAGCUCAUCCACUCCAGCCACGGGAGCAUUAACGUGUCUGUGUGUGCUUGUGCCUCCCCGUCUCUCCCCAGGCUGCUGAUCGUCUACCCCUGGACCCAGAGGUUCUUCGCAUCCUUCGGGAACCUCUCCAGCCCCACCGCCAUCAGUGGCAACCCCAUGGUCCGUGCCCACGGCAAGAAAGUGCUCACCUCCUUCGGGGACGCCAUCAAGAACCUGGACAACAUCAAGAACACCUUCGCCCAGCUGUCCGAGCUGCACUGCGACAAGCUGCACGUGGACCCCGAGAACUUCAGGCUCCUGGGUGACAUCCUGAUCAUCGUCCUGGCCUCCCACUUCGGCAAGGAUUUCAGUCCCGACUGCCAGGCUGCCUGGCAAAAGCUGGUCCGUGUGGUGGCCCACGCGCUG